AUGGUUCGGAUAUAUGACGUCGACAGUUCUAUCAACAAUGGUACUACCUUUCAGAAUUUUACAAUCAACCAAGAGACAUCAGACAGCAAUGAUAAUUAUAUUAAAUUACCUGCCACACUGUGUGUAUCGGUAUCUCUGGUUAUACUAUUCGUCCUGAUUACAACUAUUGGUUUUAUCAGUAAACUGCGAAAUGGAAGACCACAACGUCAGAUGGUGAAGUUUAUUUUCCUCAGUGAGACGGUUUCAGUUUUUACGACUCUAUUCAUUUUCUUGGUCGUUCAUCUCGUCAUAGAUAGAACCGGAUGUUUCGUAGUCUCCAUCUUUUUACACUACUUAAUAUUGGUGACGAUUAUGUGGGGAAGUGUAGAUGUUUUAGGCUGUUACUUUGUCUACGUCAAACUACUUGGUCUAGAUUUUCUGGGAUAUCGAUGGAAAAUGCUGGCUAGUAGUUUAGUCGUACCUUUAAUACCAAUAAUCAUAAUAAUCUCAAUAGACGUGGAGACCUAUAGUAUCACCAACUCACAUAGAUGCUGGUACAAUGAUUAUGUGGUUUAUUAUGGGUUGAUUUUACCGAGUGCUAUAGUAACUAUCGUGGCUACUGUUAUAUUUACUGUAAUACUAGUUCAUACUAUUAGAUCUUCAUCAAAUACUACUCAGGGACAUAGAACUCGCAAGCGAAUAAUCAGGCGGGUUUGCAAAGUGUUCGGCAGCUUGGUGUUGAUUGGUACGUAUUAUGAUAAUAUAUCUAAAACAAGUUAG